CUGAUUUUGGCGGAUGUCGGAGAGCAUUUUGUUGCCGAGGAGAAGGAUUUUCUUAGUUCAUUGCAAAGCUCGUAGAUGAUCAAUUGAAGUCAGUACACAAAGUAAUGGACUGCCAAACAUUGAUUGUAUCUGUUUUACUAAUGAUGAACGUGCAAGCUGCUAAUCGACUGACCAAGGACAUUGCAAUAUUUUGUUUGCAUAUGAGAAUGUUUCUGAUCGGCACAUGAUUAUGAGAAACUGAAAGUAGAACCAAAAUAUUGUAUCGCGCGUAAAUCGACGUCGAGGAGUACACAGUAAUAUCAAACAAGAUGAGUUGUUUUAAAGGACGAAUGAGUGAAUAUAGAAACAUAUCUCUUGACAGAUUUGAUGGACAGAAUUUGAACUCCACGGUAUAUUUUCUGUCGCAUCUUCAUGAAGAUCACACUGUUGGUUUAAGUGUAUCCAGUUUUAUAACAAGACUCAAAGAAAGCUCUGAAGUUUACCUGUACUGCUCUGAUGUAACUAAAGUUCUGCUCAUUGAAAGUCCAAAGUAUCAACAUCUGGAAAGAUAUAUUAAAACUUUGCCUAUCAAUCAACCAGUCACAGUUUCCAUUCCUCAAGCAUCCUCUUGCAAGGUUGACAUGGUUCAGGUGACACUCCUACCAGCUGCCCAUUGUCCAGGCUCUGUCAUGUUUUUGUUUGAGGGAUCAGAAGGUACAGCACUGUAUACAGGAGACUUCCGUUGGGAGGCCAAUCACAUCUCUCAAGUCACUGCCCUUCACAACGGGGACAGUGUGAAGCCCAUCCAAAGCCUGUAUGUGGACACAACCUUUUGUCAUCCAGACUGUUUCCACAUCCCUAGCCGGCAGGACUGCGUCGAGGCUGUCAGUGGAUUGGUCAAAGAGUGGAUAGCCAAGGGUCAAGGUCAUGUAGUGCAUUUUACUCCGCGGUCACAGUACGGCCAUGAGCACCUCCUGAAGGAAAUUUCCACCAGAACUCAACUUAAGGUCCAUGUGUCAAAAUCCAAAGUAAGAAUAUAUGAACAGAUUUCAGACCUGAAAGGUAUCUUCACCUCUGACCCCGACGAGACACCAAUCCACGCCUGUCUAGGGGAGAUGUUUGCAAGAGGUGACCGUGACUCUUUACCCUGCGGCUACCAACCUCCCAAACAUUCCAAGUUCAACAAGAUGGUGAUCUUACCCUCAACCAUGUACUUCACCAAGAAGAUGCGUUUGAACUUGGCAAACAUAGUGGAGAGGACGCACGGGAUCUACCGCGCCUGUUAUUCCUUCCACUCAUCCUACAGUGAGGUGCGCAGCCUUGUCACCUAUCUCAGACCAGGAAAGGUCCGUCCCAACGUUAAGCCGCCACCAGACUCAUCUUUAGGCGAGGUUCAGAAGAGGCUUAACCAUUUCCUGAAGUUAGAACAUGACGAGCAGAAAUAUGAAACGGUCAAUAAAACGUUUGGUACCCUUAAAAAAAGGAAAUUUCGGAAAAGAAAAUUAUCAAGAUUGGGUUCAAGUGACUCGGAUGACCUUGUGUUUGGAUCUCCCGACCUCAAGCGUAUCAGGAGUGUGGAAGGAAACAUAACCCCUGUGAAAAAUCAAAGAGGGACUGGCCCGGAAGGGGACAGAGAGGGAGUGAAUGUGCCCCCAAUGUCUCCACAGGAAGCUGUCACCCCCAUGAAGAGUGAGAUAUCUGAUGUGCACAGUUCCUACGCUGGCAGUAACCAUGACGAUAGUGAGAUGAGCGAUACUGGACUGCUGUGUGAAUCAAGUGAUGACCAGCAGGAAAACAGUGGCUUUAAGGGAGAUGACCUUUCAACUCCACCACAGAGCCUGUUAGAUGCCAUAGAUUCACAGAGUUCCUCACAGGAAGUUAACUCUUUCCGAGUUACCUUCCUUGAAGAUGAGGAGCAGACAGUCGGACAGCAGGCAUGGGAGUCACCCGACAUUCCAGAUUUUGGCGAGGAAACAACAAACUCAAAAACACAGAUCAGGGAGGAAUCCAUGCUAACUGACAGAGACAGUGAGGAGAAAUCUGAGGUUGUGAAUAAAGACAGUAUUGGAGAUAAAUCUAGUCAAAAGGUAGACAAUAGUGUCACAAAUGGAAGAGAAGCAAACACGACAGCCAAUUCUUGCGAAAGUUUGAAGUUGCAGGGUUAUCAGGGAGAUGUAGAUAGUUCACUGGAAGAGACGGAUUCAAGUCAAAAGUUUUUAAAGAAGGAUGUGAGUGAUUUUGAAACAUCGGGGAAUGAUCAUCAUUCAAUGGAAACAAGCAAUGACGCUAAGGAAGACAAAGAAAACUUGGAUAAAGAUGUGGAAGUAUCAGUAAUUGAGUCUCUCACCAUGUCUUACUCCGAUGAUGAACUGUUGGAGCAGACCUCAAACAAACACUUAAACUCAGAGUCUGAACUUAAUCACAAGGAUAAGUCUAGUUCUGAGUGUAGCAGAAAUGAAAUAGUGGACAUUUCUCAAAAUUGCAAUGAGAAUUCUAGAACUGUAUCUUCUUCUAUUAAACAACAACCCAAAGAUACUGAUUCUACUCAUUCUAAAGACUUGAAGAAAAAUGGCAGCUAUGAUUUGUUUGAGGAAAGUAAUGAUGGAUUCUGUGUGGGUGAGAUGGAAGGAGAAUGUCAAAUAGUCUCAGUCACAAGUAUUCAGGGCCCAUCUGAAACGGACAGGAAAGUUGACAGUGAAGGUAAAAAAAGUGACAGUUUUGAUUGUGAGAGCAGUGAAAUAAAGUUACUAAAGGACAAACAAGAAAAUCAAAUCGAUACAGGUGUACAAGUAUGUGAAGGAAAUCAGACAGAUACGAAAAAGCAGAAACUGUCUCAGGAGAUGUCUGAAAAAUCGGAAGGUUUUGAGGUUACAGACUUAACAGAAAACUAUGAUGAACAAUCUUAUAUCAGUGACAAAGGAAAACAGGAUGUUCAGCUGGUACCUACGUCACAUGCAUGCCAGACAACCAAUGAGAAAAUUGUGUCGGACAAGAAACAUCCUAGUAUGUCAAGGAAGGGAGUACACCGACUGUCAUCGUGUGACACUCCGGGAACCUCUCGUAGUGUUUGUCAGUGUGUACUUGAUGCUAAUCCUCAGCCAGAGACCAUUCUGGUGGAGAUUCAGGAAGACAAUGUCGGAGAGCAGGGGGUCAAACAAAAAAGGCAGCAAAAUAAACGAUCCCCUCAAAAACCCUCGUCAAAACUUCUCACCAACACACAAACAAACAAUAUUGUUAUAGCGAUUUUAGAUUCUGAUUCAGAAUCUGACGAGCAAGAACCAUGUGGUCAUAAGGGGGAUGUCACAAAUGUCCAUGGCAACGAGUCAGACAGUGACAUGACCUUACCUCCAAGUCAGGAGGUCAAUAAGGUCACAAAGAAGGCCAGGGAAAUGUUUGAUUCAACAGAUGGUAAGGAUGAGGAUGUCAUGAUUAUAGACGAUGAUGAUGACACAGAGGAUGAUUCUGAUGAUAGCACAUCAGUGUCUUCAAGUAACAGCGAUGAAAGUCUGAAGAAGAUAUGCCCAAGGUCAAGACUGGACAAAAUCCAGCAAGCACUGUACAAAAGAAACAAUGAGAAAAUGCCAGAAGAUAUCACCAUGUACCUUGCGAAUAAUACAGCAGACAGUGACAGUCUGCAGUCUGACGACAGUGACUGUGCCGUCAUAGACCUUACACAGAGCGAUAGUGAAGAGGACAGCAAGGAGGAGGAAAUCUCCCACUCAAUAUCCCAUCCAAAAGAGGAGUCCUAGAGGAAGAUUGUCAUUGGUUGAUAUUGAGUGCUUUGGUUUUAUCCUUACCGGUGUCCUUGAUGCAAAUUUUAGUAAUAGUGUCAAAUUAUUGAUUAUUUAUUGUUUGAGAUAUUUCAUGUACAGUGAACAUUAAAUUCUAUACUGUUAAUGUUGUGCUACAAAAGUUAAAGUAUUACUAAUGAAUUUAUUAUGAAAACAUACCGCCACAAAUAUAUUGACACACUAGAGCUGCAUUUGGCAUCAGGAAUCGGAGGAUCAUCCACCCAAAAAUUCCACUCUGUCAUUGGUUUGAAAAAACUCCGCACUCAAAAUGUUUGGCUCAUUGGCCAUCUGACCUGAACAUUUUUUCCUUUUAACAAGUUCUUCUAAUGUAUUUGUACAGAAUGCCAAACAAGGUAAAAUGCUAUACUGGUGAUAUUCUUAUAAUGUGGUCUAUGAUAUAUUAUUGAUAUGCAGAUGGAUAAAUCUUUGGAAGAUAUUAAAAAAAAAGGAUAAAUAUGUGUCAAUCAUUUUCAAGUGGUUUAUUAAAAGUAUUUUGUUUGAUUAACUCUGAAAUAGUGUACAUUCUAAUAAUGUAUUUGCUGCAGAAACCUUAAUGAAUCACCAGAAAUAGGUAUACAAAUGAGUUUGCUUAAUUUAUAUCCUGCAUUUUUAUAAUGAACUAGCAUCUAUUUAUUUUCAUAUUCAUUUUCAUAUUCUGUCAAAUUUUGUUUAGAAUUUUAUCAUAGUGCAAAAAUGUUUUUUUUUUUUUUUUUUUUAAAUGCAUUAUUAUCAUAAUGAAAUUAUAUUUACCUAAAGUUUUAUUGAGAAAAUGACAUAAAAUUGUGUAUUUUUACCCUGAUGAAAUUAUGCCUAACUGUAAACUUCAUUGAGGGGAACAACGUUCUGUAUCUUCAUGUCCUGUUAAAUACUGAAUGUUUUAUUUUGAUGUGUCAGAUGCUGAUAUUAUAUAUUUCAAUUCAAAAAGGACAAAAUCAGCUUCAUAGAGUGUACCGGGAAAUUGUCAUGGCAGUUUAAUUUUCGUCUUUUCUACGCUUUGAAGUGAGAGCAAGUAGAUGAUGACAGUGAAUAUUAGUAGACUGUAGCAUACCUAUUUAUUACAUGUGAUACGCAAAUUAACAUAUGUAUUACAAAAUCCACAUGCACACACUGGGUAAACAUGGAAUGUAUCGAUAAAGGACGAAUAUUGGACUUAGAAAAUGUUUCCCGGUAUACAGUGAUAUAUAAGUACAUGAACUGGAAACUCAUUUACAUCAAGAUCAAUUAUGAAAAUCAGUUAUUAAAAGAUUUUUAACUUCAUCUUGAUUAAUCUGUUCUGUUGUUCUGUUUUGUUGAUAUUUUCUGUCAUCAAUGUCUCUGGACAAUUUACACUGCCCUGAUUUUUGUUAAAAAUGAUGUUGCUUGUAUUUCACAUUUAUUAUAUUUACAUCAGAUUUUGUGUGAUACAUGAAUUUGUAGCGUAUGAAUUAUAGAUUUUUUCCCCAGUGCUGUGUAUACAAUAUACACAUGUUCCAUGUCAGGAACACCCAUAUGGGAUCUCUCUCAUGCAUGGGUGCAUCUCACCUGGUGACCCCCAGUUGAAUUAUUUUUAAAGGAGUGCAUCAAAACAAAACUUUUAGUUCAAAACAUCCAGUUCCAUAUAUCGGCCGACAUUCUGAAAUGUGAUAUCAUUUAGAUGUAAUAAGUGAUGUCAUUCAAUUGACACUUUGAAUUGGUCUGUGGAAGAAUAUCUACUAGCUGCCAAAGCAGAGUCGACAUCUGACAUCGCCUCAUGGAAAUAAACAAGUACUUAAACAAACUUGAUGUGCAGCUUUUGCAAACUGCUUUACUUUUAAGGGUAAACCCUGGUGUAUUUUAGAUUUGUAGUGGUAUAUCAUGGUUAUACUGUCAUAAAUUGAGUUUUACUGGCAAUGCAAAUCUCAAAAUACUGGUGGGUUAUCCCUAUUCUAAUUCAUAACAGCUAAAAUUAAGGAAAGAAACAACGAUUCUAAGAUUUUUUGGUGCGUUUUCUCCAAUAUCUGGGUUUCUUUAUCUGCCGUGGUUGGUGAAGUCAGAAAUAUUCAAAAUAAGACAGAAUUAUACAUUGAUCUUUAAUUUCUGGCUCGCACUAGUGUUUGUCACAUCAUUAACCCAUUCACCCCUGAAACUUCAGAAUGAACUAUUCCAACCUUUGAGUUGGAAAGGUUCAAAUGUGUGUUCAGGGUUGAAUGAGUUAAAAGUCAACUUCAUGAUCUUUCGGGAUCAUUGACAUCAUAAACAAUCGCCAUCUGGAAUUCAUAUGCAAAAGAGAAAUUUGUAGACAGUAUAUCUUGGUUAUACCUGAAGUUUGCAAAUAUUUUCGAUUGCCUUGUUACAUCUUAAAUGAAUUAGAAUUAAAGUUUACCUGCAUUAAACCAUACAUUUUCCUCUUCUUUUCAAAUUUGUUCUUGAGGUUUACUUAUACAGUAUUUGCCAUGUUGAUUUUUAACCUAUUCCAGGGUAGGAGGUUGGAGGAAAAGAUUCAAUCAUUAUGUAGUAUCGGAUAUAGGGGAAAUUCUACCCUUUGGUGUCAUCACUACACAUACACGUAGUUAUAUAUGAUAGACUCCUUUAAUUAUCUUCAAUACUGGGUUCUGAUCAUGAAUUGAGCCCCACUGAACCUAAGAGGUUAGUUACAUAUUGUAUGAGAAUGUUUUGUUACAGAGUUUGGGACGUUGCUAUGCCGUUUCCCUGUCAUGGAACACACUGUGACUUUGUUAUCAGGAAGAAUUUGCAAUAAGCUUGUUUUAUUGUAUCGAUUUGCUGACAUUGCCUCGUUAUUUGACAUGAGAUAUUUUCCCUUUAUUUUUAACAGUAUGAUCUCGUUUACCUCCAUUUGUAUGAAAUGUACAAAAAUAUACCUGAAUUUGAAUACAUGUUUAUAAAAUGUUGAAAAUUUUUAACUGAAUGAUAUGAAAUUCAAUUACACUGUUAAAGCUAGUAAUUGUAUAUUUUCUGAAAAACAGUUGUUGAUUCAAAGAACUUCAAAUUAUAUAUAAGGCAAUCAUUAAUCAGUUGAAGUUCUAAUAUACAUGUAAUUUUGAUGAAAUUGUGUUUGAACCCAUUGCAAAAUUUUGUUGAAAUUUACAAAAUUCAUUUGAGUAUUUACAA